GUCUUAUAUUAUAUAUAUGUAAUUCAAAUACAAGAUAUUUCCAUUUCUACUUUAGAGAGAUAGAGAGAGAGAGAAAAGGAGAUAUAUAAUUAUGAAGAUUCAAUGUGAUGUCUGCAGCAAAGAAUCAGCUUCUGUAUUUUGCCCCUCCGACGAAGCCGCCCUAUGCGACGGAUGCGACCGCCGUGUUCAUCAUGCAAACAAACUCGCCGGAAAACACACCCGCUUCUCUCUCUUGCAUCCAUCUUUUCAAGAAUCCCCAAAAUGUGAUAUCUGUCAGGAUAAACGAGCAUUUCUGUUCUGUCAAGAAGACAGAGCAAUCCUUUGCAGAGAAUGCGACGUUACCAUUCACAGAAACAACGAGCAUACACACAAACACAACCGCUUUCUUUUAACCGGACACAAGCUUUCUGCAGCAGCAGCAACAGCAACUUCAUCUUCUUCGGCGCCAUUGGAGAAUAACAGAGAUGGUUCAGAUUCAAACAGCAACAUAAUAAUAACAUCACAAGAGUACUUGAUAGAAACACUAGCCGCCCAAGGAGAAGGAGGAUGGGAGUUGUUGGACUUUCAUAAUUAUCACAAUAAUGGCUUCUGUAAUUCGCAACAGAUGAUGUAUGAUAAUGAUGAUGCAUUACCAUUUCAAGCUGAAGAUAUUGGUGGGAGAAAUAAUGACCACCAUUAUCAAAAUAACUUCUUUCAUGAUCCAUAAUCCUUCAAUAAAAGUUCUUAAUUGUGUUCCUAACUCUGUUUUUUAAAUAAAUAAAUAAAAGAUAUGGUAAGGGUGGGGAUCACUUUUCCUUCCAAAACGUUUUACAUG